AUGUAUGUAGAGGCUUCGAAAGGUAAUUCGUGGGAUCUGGCGCGUUUUGAAAGCACUUGGUUGCAACAGUCUGCAUCAACUUGCGUGGUUAGCUUUUGGUACCACAUGUAUGGCAAUGGAAUCGGUACACUGUAUGGUUAUAUUAAAGUUGGACAGAUUUACACGAGAUUGUUUGAAGAAUGGGGUAACAAAGGUAUGGAAUGUAAAACACGUUUUGCUCUGAUUCAUUUGUGUAGCAUGCUGCCGCAAAAUUGUACUGUUGAAAAGAAAGACUCUUUGAAGUGAUGAUUGUACUUUCUUACAAUUUAACAAAUAAGCAAGUGAUUUCAUGUCACAGGCCAGGAAAUGGAUGCUAGACUUCUGAAUUUUGGUUGUUGACUAUUACUUUACAAAAUAAUCUCAUGAAGACAACAUUUCUUUAAACAAAGUGUCAUGGGAAGGUGGUGAACCUUACCUUCCGAAAGGGGAACCCGCAAUGUGUCGCAUCGAAAGAUUUGUUGUUUGAGUAAAAACUGUCAUAAGACCUCCAACAUAAAUUUCUGUUAUAAUUGCAUCUUGUUUAAGUUCUUGUAAAGAAGAGAGGUUUAUCGUAACUUUUGCGACAAUUGUGCAAAUGUUGGCUAACUAAGAUUCUGUUCGGUCCCAAGGUAACAAGUGGAUCCAAGGAAAACUGUACGUUGGCCGUCACUCAGGACCGUUCAAGGUCAUUUUUGAGGCAGAGAGGAGCUACAGUGUUUUUGGUGAUAUAGCUAUAGAUGAUGUUAGCUUCGAGAAUUGUACCCUGCCUCCUGUUGUUAGCAAUUGUAAGAGAGGUCAACAUCGAUGUGCCAGAGGUUCCUGCAUUGAUCCAGGGCGUCUCUGUGAUUAUACUGACGACUGUGGUGAUAACUCAGAUGAAGUCAACUGUUACAGUUACAACUAUAGGUAUGGUGUCGAGGUCACUUGUCAAUUCGAAGCUAAACUUUCGGUGAUUUGGUAAACAGAUGGUACAAUGAUUUUGCAUAAUAGAUGCGAACAGACCCUCGAGUCUCUAAAUCAAAACUUCGACUAGUAGAAAAUUGUAGAUUGCUGAAUAUGAAAAUUCGUUUUGCAUCUAUCAACUUUUUCCUCGUAAUUUUAUCAUUGUUGGAAAAAUAGAUGCUUCUAAAUUGCGUCUAAAUUUGGCCAAAGAAACACCUCCUGAAGUUUUUCUUAGCCUAGUAAUCGUCGAAAAGUGCCGCAAAUUAAGGAACGUACUGAAUUUUUCCCCCGUUCUUUUUAUACUGUCCUCCUAAAUUAAAUUCUGGUCGAUAGGCAAAGAGCGUCUGGAGGGUUGGUAGCGACAUUAGACGGCAGAGGCAACUUGCCUUUUAGAAUGUAGAUUGCACUGAAUUUCUCGCCAUAAGCAAUUAACAUUUAAGCUUAGCUUUCUUAAACUUUCAAGGAGAUUUUGAAAGUAGUUGCAGAACUAAAUUGUGCUUUUUUUUUCUCCAUAGGUGUACCUUUGAGCGAUCUUUAUGCCGGUGGAAUCAACUGUCUGAUGAUGACUUUGACUGGACGAGAAACCAAGGGUCUACAGGUUCUUACGGAACGGGACCUAUGUUCGACCACACUCUUGGCAGCUCAGCCGGUAAUGUGGCUUCAUCACAAUGUUCAGAUAGGAGAUGGGGAUGAGCUGCUCUCAAAUAUUGUUAAUGGAGAAAGCUGCUGAAAGAAAAACUUGUGUUUCUCCCAAUGCAAUUUAUUUUGUUAAGUCGUGAGAUUGAUUUAGUCUUGAGCAAAGUUAUAAAGGUUCCUGUUGACCCGUUUACCAAAUUAGAAGAUUCCUCCACCAUUUGCCACGCGUCCAAAGCUGAUUAGGGUCUUUUAGAAAGUGUCUGUCUAAGUUAUUGACUAAAUUUUGUUCAUUUCAAGCGUUGAAAUGUAAUACCCUAAGGUCUUAAACCUCCUUCGUAAUAGAUGCAAAUUGUAACUACAUCUUCAAUCUUCAAAAUGCCGUGCAUACAAAUUUGAUAUACGCGAGUUUACUUUUGAGUUUAGUGGGCCAAUUUCUCCCUUCAUUUCCUCUCAAAUGUACGGCUUUUAAGUCAUCCCAAUUUAGCUUUAUGUAGAUUAUCAACGACAAAUGAUGUCCAAGCAUUGUCCUCGAUAAGAAUUAGAAUUAACGCCGCUUCCUUUCACUUUGUUUUGUUGUCCAGGAUCUUACCUUUACUCGGAAGCUUCUUGGCCACGUAAAAAAGGCGACAAAGCUCGUUUGGCAAGUGGUUUUAUAAGCGCUUUGCCCCAAGGUGACACCUCUUGCAAGUUGAGGUUCUAUUUCCACAUGUUCGGACCCGCCAUUGGUUCCCUGAAUAUCUACACCCGGCCGUGUAACGGUUGUGCAGAGACUCUUGUGUACACGAGAUCAGGCAAUGUGGGCAACUUCUGGGAUCGCGCCGAGGUUUCCCUUCCGAGCACUGUCCCAUUCCAAGUAUGAAAAUUGAUUCUUUGUUGACUGAUAUUAGCAUUAAAAGCUGAAAAAAAUUUACGCAAGAUUCUUUAUAGACGGUAGGCUGUAUUUUCUGCACGUUAUUUUGGGUUAAACAUGAAAAGCAGGCUAUCUCUAAUACACGUUGACCCGGCUUUGUUUGAGUCAAAGUGGAAAAUUUGUUACUGCUUAUUAAGAGCUUUAAACGUUCAAUGGUACACUUGAAAUUUGGGUCAAAUGUCGUUUCUUUUCCCGCACACUUUUGUAAGUUCAUUUAAUUUUGCCGCUGUCACUGCCACAGUCUAAUAGCCUUUGCCAUUUUCCAUUGGUAUAAGUAUUGUCUUGGCUAUUUUAUUACUAACUGUAAGAGCGUUUCCUAUACAUUUGUUUGUUUUGCACUGAAUUAAUUUAAUUUUUUGGGAGGAAGGUAACUAAAAUGCCCACGGAGCACUUAAGUGCAAGCAUUAAAAACAUGCUUGUUGCUUCCAGGUUGUUAUUGAAAGUGUCCGCGGUACAGGCUAUCAGGGUGACAUUUCCAUUGAUGACCUGUCAAUGACCCAGUUCUGUCGCUCCUAUAAUGGACCAAUUCCAACAGCGCCUCCGCCAACCACAGCAGCCCCAACUGUCCCAGUAUGCCCAGGCUUUAGAUUCAAGUGUUCUAAUGGACCUUGUAUCGACUGGGGAUAUGUGUGUGACUAUAGGGAUGACUGCGGAGAUGGCUCAGAUGAAGUUAACUGUGGUAUGUAUUAAGUUCAAUCAGCGCUUUCAAAACUGUUCCUCAUUUUCGUGACUUAACCUUCCAUAGUGGUUGUAUUUGAAAUUUGUCCUAAAUACGUGUGCUAAUGAUCUGUUGCUUUUUUGAAGGUCCUUGUGAUUUUGAAUCUGGCUUGUGUAAUUGGAAAGAUACCAGUCUGGGGGCGUACCAGUGGAGCAGAAACAAAGGUUCAACCGUGGCAACGGGCACAGGACCCAGCAUUGACCACACCUGCGGAAAUGCUUCGUGUGAGUUACCUUUUACAGUUAACUACAGUUACUUCUUGAACCCAUCUAAGCUAGCAAUAAGUCUCUCAGGCAUGCCUGUUAUUUCAUUUUUCCCUCCUCUCUUCUAAGGCAUAACAGUAUACAGGACGCAUGUCGCUUAUCUUACCUUAGAGUUCUUUCUAACUGGAAGGUAGAGCGCUGAAGGUCAGAGGCUUUGACCUUCGUGGGGCUCAGAAUUUUUUCUUUGUCCCACGCUUGUGUCAAGACAAAAAUGAAAACGUUUACUCGGAAGGAGAAACGAAGAAACGAGGAUAAUUCGAACAGGAUCUCGAUCUAUGGGUAUCGAUUGGUUCUUUAGAGUCAUGGAGACUCAUCGUAGUAAGGAUCUUGUGACAAUCUUCUAGCAUAAUGCUACUGGAGAGUUGCAAAGGCAUUAAUUUGGCCUGCCAAUCUCAUAAUUUGUUCACAUUUUAGGUUACUACGCCUAUGUCCACUCCGGUGCGGGGUCAUUCUUCGAUGAUGCUAUUCUUCAAAGUCCUAACAUGACCAAGACAGGAGCAGGUUGUAUAGUGAGGUUUUACUAUCACAUGUACCUCAAGAGCGGCAGUGCCUGGACUGGAUCGCUGUACUUAAAGCUUAGCUACAAGGGAUCCACCUCUAACAUCUUUGAAGUAUCCAGUAGCAAGGGUGACAAGUGGCAAAUGGCAGAAGUUGGAUUGGGUCAUUUGGAUAAAGGUCACUAGCGUUUCACCCUCGCACCAUAGGCAGGGUUCUUGUCAAAGUUACCUAAGCAAUUGUUCAAAUAUGAAAGCCUAUUUCAUUCGACAUAACAUCUUUCUUGUCUUCUGUGCAACCAAUGUUGUGAAGAUAAGCAACAGAUGUUAUUACUUUGAAAAUAUAUCAUAAGUGGAAGGGCUCUAGCUUGUUUUGACCUUUUUGUCCCACGAAGUAGCGUCUCGAAAACGAGGUCUGCCCUGUUUUUUUUCCAUUCUGGAGGCUCAGUGAUCUAGGGUUGACAAAAUGGCGUACCAGGCGCCCCCCCCACAGCGAGUGAUGGGGGGAGGAGGGAGGGUGGGGAUAGUGGGAGCUGAGUGAGAAAUUAAUAUCCUAUGGAAAAAAUGGAAGAAAAACUUCGCAGCUGUGCCUUUUGUCCUGACAAUUUUAUUUUUAUACUUGUAUCGUAGAUUUCAGCCUCCAGUUUACAGCAUCCAAGUUUGUACAGGCGGCUGACAUGGCUGUUGAUGACAUCACAUUCCCAGGCUGUGCCUUGGCACCUAUUAGAGCUUGCAUUUCUGGAGAAUACCGCUGUACCAGAGGAUCAUGUGUCAAGCCUAAUCAGGUGUUGUACUUCAAUCUUUUCAAGGUGUUAGGCGGUGUAAACGUGUUUGGAUUUUAUUGAGAACAGUAUUUUAAGUAGUCUAACUCUUGACUAUUUAGAGACAGAUUUUGACUAUCUUCUUGUGGCAGCAUAGACAAUAGCAAUAAUAUGAACAAUUGACAAAGUAUAAAAGUGAAGUUCUUGUCAUUUUGUACUGGCCUAUUCCGUCGGAAGAUUGAGGUGUGUUGGAUGGGACUCACACCUACGUGGGUGUAAUGAAAAAUCCUGAAUAGAGUGGAGUUGAAAGAUUUUGAUCCCGCAAUGUUAGAUGAAGAAACCGGUUAAGAUAUCGAAUUCUUUGUUUCUGUCAUUAUUAACAAGGCCAGUUAACAUUGAAUUUGCUCUUUAGCCGAAAUAUUCACCAUGGGGGCAAAGAAAUCCAGUUACUGAAAUUGAAACCCGUAGUAUGAUCAGUGUUUCUGUGGGUGACAAAAUCAGUAUCUUUGGCCGCCUUUAAAAACUAUCUCGUGCAUGUCAACUGCCCAUUAAGUGAAAGUGGAGUUACUAAGACCAAUUUUUUAUUUUAAAAGAUCUGUGAUUUCUCUGAUGAUUGUGGUGAUGAGAGCGAUGAACUACCCUCAACUUGCGCAACAUACAAGGAAAGAUGCAACUUUGAAAGAGACCUCUGUAGCUGGACCCAAGACACUGACGACAUCUUUGACUGGACGAGACAAAGUGGUGGAACGACGUCAUGGCUGACAGGCCCUGGCAGAGAUCAUACCACAGGUAUGGCAACUUAGCUGUACUAAGCGUGCGUGAUCCAUCUUCUUUCUAAUAGAUUUCAGCUUUCUAACAACACUGUAAGUCAAAGAAAACUCAAAACUGUAUUUAAGUUUGGUAGGGGUGGGUGGAGGAAGAGAAGUCCAAUAUAACCAAGUUGAAAAAGCAAUGAAACCGCUAUGACGCGUGCUACUUACUGGAGGUCCUUGUCGCAAACACGCUCUUAGCUGCAAGGGGUUAACGUUGAUUUGAUUUUUUUUUAACCUAUUUCUGCGAAUAUCAUUUAGGCACGACAAAGGGUUUCUAUGUGUACAUAGAGACAUCAUCCCCAAGGAAAGCUAAUGAGACAGCUCGAUUAAGCAGUGUGGUGUUCAGGCCCUCUGGGCCGAAUGACAGUUGUUACCUGCGCUUCUGGUACCACAUGUUUGGACAAGACGUGGAUUCCCUUAACAUCAAUUUUAGAACAUCGGUGACAGGACCGUUGAAGGGAAUCUGGAACUUGACAGGUAAAGAGACGCUGGUUAGGAUUUUUUUCUUGGUUCUCUGUAGGGGGCUCGACUUUGUAGUCGCAAAUCGCAUGCUUGAAUCUAAAUUUUUCACUUGUAGGCUUCAAGAGCAAGUUAAAAAGCAUGGGAAACUACUAUGUGGAGGGAAUAUCAUUUUUCACAUGCUUUUCAAACGUGUCACAUGCGAGACUGAGCCUAGAACUUUGCAUUACGAUCGCCUCUGCGUUAGUAUUAAAUAUUCAACGACUGUUUCUUCGAGAAACAGUUCAUUUGGUUUCCCGAGAACCUUAGUAACUCCCGAGCCGGAGCCCUGGGAAACAUCGAUUUGUUAUAUAGCACAAUGAAGGCUAUAAACACACUAGUGAUUGAGGGUUUAUAGAGUGUAGGUUUGCUCUUUAAUUAGCUCAAAACUUCUUAACUCCCGUUCGUUCCCUUGUAGGUGAACAAGGUGACAUCUGGAGGCGAGCCGAGAUCCUUUUAGUAAGUGCAGUGAAUUUCCAAGUGGUGAUUGAAGGAACAAGCGGUCCAGGUUAUCAAGGGGACAUCGCUCUGGAUGACAUCUCAUUCACGCCAAACUGUCGCCCAGAUACCACCGCGACAAUUUCACCAGACCCUCCCACUGGAACACCACCUACCGGCUGUGACGUUGGGCAAUUCAGGUAUGUGGAGGACUGAAGCUUUGAAAAAUGAAGAAAAAUGAAUGAAAAAUGAGUAAAAUGAGAAAAAUGAAGUGAAGUUUGAGAGUCAUGCUCUAAAGGUGAUGUUGCUUGUUUUUCUUUUUUUCUUUUUGGCUUCUAAUUAAACUGCUGCCCCGCGUCAAAGCGAGAUGGGUGCCUUAGCCAUCCAAAUUCUUACACAGUCGGACAUUGUUGUUAAACUACUUUUUCUAGUCAUUUUCACUACUAAACAAUCCCCAAAAUGUCAAUUUUCCUUCAGAUGCUCGAAUGGACAAUGCAUAAGUAGCAGAAAAGUCUGUAAUUUCCGCGCAGACUGUCGUGAUAAGUCAGAUGAAGUCAGCUGCCCAACGAAAUGUGACUUCCAGAAAGACUUCUGUAAAUGGACGAACGCUCAGGCUGGAGAUCAUUAUGACUGGAUUCGUAACAAGGGUCCAACGCCCUCUAAACUCACGGGACCCUCGGCGGAUCACACUCUCAACACAUCAGCAGGUCAGGUUUAUUAAUUGAAUAGAGCGGAGCAAAUUUUUUAAGUAAGGCGAAGUGCAACCGACGGGUGUGACUCCUUCCUUAUGUCGCAAUUUUCCGUCUCAGUAUUUAGCUUUCAUAUGGUUUACUUGCUGUAAAUUGUGCUUCAGGCUAUUAUAUCUACACCGAAGUCACCAACCGCACAGGCUUCCGUGCUGAUGCACAUUUGGUCAGUCCGUUCUUUAGACAGGCUGGUAAAACUUGUAAGUUCAAGUUCUGGUAUCAUAUGUUUGGUCCAAACAUCGGAUAUCUGCAGGUCUAUUAUCGUAGGAAUUCACGUGAUCAACGGCUGUUUAAUAUCUAUGGCAACCAGAACAAUCAAUGGAAGCAGGGUAGCGUGGAUGUUCCAAGAUGUGCAAAUGACUUCCAGGUGAGUCUUAGUGUCUCGUCUUGCCAGAUCGUGGUGCUGUGCUCUUGCACAAGUUAGUCAUAUAUUGCCUCUCACCACCACCCACGAGUAUGGAGUUCUCCUGGGUGGAGAGGAUUGGCUUCCUUUCUAUGUGGAUACGUAUCUUAUAAGGAUAAAAUUUUCGCGGCGUGUUGAGUUGUAAGUUCCGUCUCUUGAGCCGGUGUAAAACGGUAUCUUUUCAUGGAACAACUGGCUACUUUUAACAAACUUUUCCAUUUCCCUUUGCAGAUGGUUUUUAUGGCCAAACACUACUCAGGCGGUAGUCUUGGUGAUAUAGCCCUGGAUGAUAUCAGUUUUGAGAACUGCGCUCAGCCCCUUCCACCCAGCAGCUGUAGAGGCAGCAAUGCAUUCCGGUGCGAUAGUGGACACUGCAUUGAUCAGUCAGUCAAGUGCGAUUUUGAACCGGACUGUUGCGAUAGCUCUGAGGAGAAAAAUUCGACCUGUGUGAACUACAACAGGUAAAGUGAUGUUGUUGUUUUUAACCUGAGAUUUAUAGGGGAGAGGGCAACUUAGAACUCUGGACAAGUCAUUGAAGACAUACAUUAUCGUCAAUUAGAGUUGUGAGCUUUAAGAUCUUAAAAUGACCUCCCUUUACGAGAUCCAUGGUCACGGACGUUUUGCAUACUGCUAGGAUAUGGAUGUCGAUAUGUGAUGCUUCUGCGCGAUGAUUAUGUAACUAAAAAUUGUAACUUUUAAGCCUGGUUAUUUAAGUGAUAAUUGUUGUUAUUCGGUGAAUGACAAAGACCUACUCGGAGGAAAAGUGUUCGGACCUGCGACCUUCCGAUUAGUAUUUCGAAUGCUUUACUCUGAGCUGUAGGAGUCUCAUGGAAGGCUAAUUUUGACAGUUACAGCCCAUAUAAAAGUGUUUUUCUGAUUCACUAUUUUUUUUGUAAAACAGAUGUAACUUUGAAGGAGGCCUCUGUGACUACAUGCAGCUUGCAAACGAUACGUUUAACUGGAGGAGGCAGUCGGGUCGAACAGGCUCGUACGGAACUGGGCCAACUUAUGAUCAUACUACAAAGUCUCCUCUUGGUAUGUCAUAUCACAACGGAAACGGUGCAAGAAAAUGUGUAGUCUCCGAAGUAACUAUAAGCAUAAUUCGCAUAGUUGCUACCUGCACGGCAGCGUGUACCUGAAAAUGUACCUCACAUGGGCCGCAUAAAAAAAAUGACGUUGUGACAUACAAAAUGUGUCCCCUAUAGUGAAAAGAAAUUUCGCAGUUGUCUUGACUCUAGCGGUGUUAUCUUUGGAACUAACUAGAAGAUCGUAACUGUCUGAGGCCAGGGUCGGUUCCUAUAAAAAGACUUCUGAGAAGCUUUACGUAAAAAAAAUGGUGUUGAUGCGGGUCAUGUGAUAUGGUAACAAAACAAAAUAGACAGCAUUAAAGAACACCAGGGAACAUAGGCAAAGACGAAAAUGCUAGUAGGACAGAGACACUUUGUACAAAUCUUAAACUUGAUAAGGUGUUUGCCAUGUUCACAAAUUUAAAGUAAAACAUAAUAUAUCCUAUGUUUUGGCAGGCUAUUACAUGUACAUUGAAGCAUCCUCGCCGCGCAAGAAGGGUGACAAUGCCAUGAUCGGGAGCGCUGUAUUUAAGCCAACAUCAAGCGCAUGCUUAGUAAGGUUCUUCUACCAUAUGUAUGGCAGCCAUAUCGGAACACUUAACAUUUAUACAAGAACGAGUACCACUGGUGCAAUGAAUAGAGUCUGGACACUAAGUGGAGACCAAGGUGACCAGUGGAUAAGAGGAAAUGCUACCAUAAAUGUGAACCAAAACUUCCAGGUGAAGAAUGUUUUGUAAAUAUUGCAGAUACUGAGCUGCGUUGUUUGGGUCAAUGUUGAAGAGCUGGGUUUGAGGUUGCCAGGCACGUCAGAAGUCUCUAUAAUGUUUUCCUUCACCAACACGCGUCACUUUGAUUCUGUACAGUCAGGAGUCGACAUAAGUAACACCAAACUUUCUGAAAUGCCUUUGUAAUAUAUGAUAGGCUGACGUUCCAUCCAUUAAAAGUUUCUGUGCUUCUAAUUCUUCCAUGUUACGGAAAGUUACAUUAACUUUGGCGAUGUGGGAUAGUCUCAACUUUUUCUCUAAUUUUCUUUAUUUUUAUUUUUAUUAAACUUGAUGUAACAUCAUCACUUUUUUCAAUAUUCCUGCUUGCGAUCGAAUCGCCCCAUUUUCUUAGUGUUUCUAUUUAAUUAAUUCGGCAGACACGUAACCUUCUUACGGUUUUCAACAGGUUAUAUUUGAAGCUGUGGUUGGCACAUCCUAUAAAGGAGACAUCGCCAUAGACGACAUAACAUUCACACCUCAGUGCGUUGUCGGUGGCUCAAUCCCAGGUGACUAUUUACUCGUCCUGCAAUUCUCUGUGGUAUUUUUGUGUUUCGUAAACCCAGUAUUAUUAUGGAGACUUCCAGCGUUUUCAACUUCACGCCCUUGAUGAAUUAAUCUAAAACGAGACUGUGAUGGAAAAAAAAAAAAAGGGAAAAAUGCAGUAUCUAUAUUCUCCAUACCCUUCUGUAUACAUUUCCUUUGUUUCUGACAGGGAGAAUUUGUUUAACAAUCAACAGCUUCUUCAACUGGUGAUCAUUGUCGGUAUUCUCGUGACGUUAUUGUUUGAUUCAGGGAGUGAUAUUGUUUGGAGAAAUUAGAUGCUAGUCACUCUUUAAGGUUAAAGGGUUAACCUGACUUAGACCAUUAACGGAUUUGGACGUUUUAGGUUUACCAACACCGUCACCUACUCCAACCUCGGCGCCAGUCUUCAAAUGUGCCAAAGAUCAGUACUGUGGCUCUCCUUGUGAUUUCACAAAGGAUAUGUGCAACUGGAGUAACUCCAAUUUGGACAACUUUGAUUGGACGCGACAUCGAGGUUGUACUGCAAGUAUCAGUACUGGUCCAUGUACUGACGCCGAUAAGAAUCCUUCUGGUCAGUUCAAUAAUUCUUAUGAUUCUUAGGCCAAUGACACAUGGUACAUGAUCUUUGCUCCUCACGAAAAACAAAAAACAAAAAACAAAAAAAAAAAAAAAAAUAUAUAUAUAUAUAUAUAUAUAUAUAGGAAGUCUUUGUAUUGAUUUUUCCGUUUUACAGUGCUCGAUACGUAGAAGUAGAGCGUGAUAUAUGUUGCGAUAGGGGAAAAAACAGAGAGACUAUACUUUCAUCCCUACAAGCCUGUUUCGCGAUUGCUCACUCAUCAGGGGAUUUUCUAUAUAUAUAUAUAUAUAUAUUGUUUCCUUUUUUCUCCUCUAUUUAUUAACAGGUUACUACUUAUACAUUGAAACAUCAACGGGUAUAGUUGGAUCGAAGGCUGUGCUUGUUAGUCCCCAGUACCAGCAGGCCUACAGUAACUGUAAACUGAAAUUCUCGUACCACAUGUAUGGAAGCACUGUCGGUAGCCUGGCUGUAUUCCUCAACGAUGGCACCUCCAGGACAAGAAUGAUGAUGCUCAUUGGUUUGUACUCUAAAUAACUUGUUUAUGACAGUUAUAGCCCUCUCCACCCUUGUACUGACGUAUUUAGCGAUUGCUUAUCCCUUCACACCUUAAAAUCAGAAUGCAUAUUCUUCAAAUGUUCUUCUAAUUAUUUCCUAAUAUGCCGACAUGGAGAAUUUGUGUAACAAUCAAGAGCUUCUUUAGUCGGUGAUCAGCUUAUUCUCCUGACCUCAAUGUUUGAUUCAGGGAUAAUAUGGUGCGGAGAAAUUUGAAGAAGUUUUGAGAAGUUUGCCUGGUUUUUUACUCCAAAUUCUCAUUGGCUUAUGUUGAUGUAAAUGUUUGUUUUGAUUGGCUGUUGCAGUUACUAUGGUUUGAAAUUUUCAACAAUCCUUUUAAAGGCAACUUAUGUUUCUUCUCAUCCCCUGGUUUCCGUAGUGCAUAUGAUUGCGAUAAAAGUUGUAUUUUAACCACUUCUCGGAGUCAAUAGAUCGAAUAAGUGAUAGUAUGGCGGGAUCCGUUUGCAACUAUUAUUUUCCUACUAAUGAAUUUUAUCAUUUUUCGGUGCACUCAAAACUUCGUGUAUUAUUUCCCGGUAGGCAACCAAGGGAACCAGUGGUUUCAAACGGUCGUAUCUAUCGGACGUCGAAAGACCCCAUUCACAAUUGAAUUCGAGGCAAUGCGUGGAGUUUCUUGGAAUGGGGACAUUGCUAUUGAUUCCAUUUCGUUGCUAAGCUGUGAUAAGCCAACUCAAUGUAAAGGUUCUCUUCCGUCAGAUACUCAGAGGUGAGGUAUAGUGAUGAGAUAGAAUGAUUUGUUUGUAUCCGUCGUGAUGGUUCCUUCGCUCAUAGACGAAAAGUGUUCCAGCACUUUUUCAGAAAUGUUAAAUGAUAGAGACCACACGAAAUAAUGACGGUUUUGUCGAGAGUAGCUAAAUUUUUGUUUUUCUUAACAUCUAUACAGCUUUUAGGGUCAAAAUGAUUUUUGCCUCAUUGCUAGGAAAAAAAAUUUUUUCUUGACGUUUAUGCAAAAACAGAUAACGAUUAAAAAAUCCGCGAGAUUGAAAGUUUACGAAGGUUUUAAUGCUACAUGAUUCUUGAUAUAGAGAAUGUGUUUGUACAUUUAAUCGCCUUUCACUGUUUACCAAAGGUGCACAAACGGUGCUUGUGUUAAGAAGAAUCUCCUCUGUGACUUCUCCGACGAUUGCGGGGACAAUUCCGAUGAAACUUCGUGCAGUAACUACUUGGCACGCUGCGACUUCGAAAAGGAUACGUGUUCUUGGAUACAACAAUCUGAUGAUGACUUCGACUGGAGUAGGAGGAAAGGACCAACUCCAUCUCUCUCUACUGGUCCCGCGCGAGAUCAUACUUUUGGAACUUUGGCAGGUUAGAGUGUAAACUGAUCUUGGUCAAAACUGAUUCCAUCAGCCUUAAUUCCAUGCAUUGCUUACAGAGAAAUUAAAGUGGAAGAAACAUCAUCAAACUUAGUUGACCUGUGUGUAAAGGAAAAACUGACUGGAAAAUGUUUAAAGAAAAUUUAAAAGUUGUUUACCUUCUAAAUAAUAAGUUUGAAAUUUUCUUUCAGGUUAUUACAUGUACAUCGAGACUUCAGGAAAGAAAUUUGGAGACCGCGCCAAACUUGGCAGCCCCAAUUUGAAAGGGCAGUGUACUCUGCGCAUGUGGUAUCACAUGUAUGGUGUGCACGUCAACGAUCUUGUAGUUUACAUGCGCAAUACGUCUGAUGGACCACUCCAAAGAGUUGGUAAUUUGUCUGGCAAUUUAGGAGAUAACUGGAUAAGAACUGAGCUGAAAAUGAGUAACGGCAAUCAACCAUAUCAAAUUGUCAUUGAAGGUUGGUGCAGUUGAGUGAUUUUGAUUGUGUCAUUUUGUUCUGUUUUGUGUUAGGGGGUAUUAAACCAUGAAGAUUAGGCAAUUCUCUCGAAUUAGGCUCUUUCUCAUGAAUCAGGCGUUUCCCUAGAAAGCGAGAGUUUUCCCACGUUUUAUUAAAUAUUCCGUCACAAUAAUGGAAUAUAGUCACUAAUCAAUUUUACAAGACAGUUCUCUUUUGUGACUUUUAGCUCUUCAACAAUUGAUUAGUCUAGCCGGCAAAUUCUGAUUGUAAGGGCCCGACUCUUGCUUUUAAGCUCAUUUUGAAAGUGUAUCCUCUUGGAACGCUUCAGUACCUCACCUGACGUCAAACUGCAGUCUCUAAUUAGACGUGGAUUAGUUCUGCUGUGGUUCAUGUAGGAGAGCCCUCUAAUUGACCAUUAUAUUGUUUUUUUGUAUUAAGCUGUGAGAGGGAAUGGCUACAGGGGAGACAUAGCCAUUGAUGAUCUUAGCAUUGCCAUGAAGCCUAGCUGUCAGUUGUACGGCGGGUCACUGCCUGCUGUUGGUUCAACUGUGAGUCCAGUCACAACAGCAUAUCCUAACAACUGUCAGAGUAAUCAGUUCGGCUGCGUCAGUGAUGGCAAAUGUCUUCAGCUUGGUCAGGUCUGCGACUUUAACAAGGAUUGUGCUGAUGGCUCCGAUGAAAGAAAUUGUCGUAAGUGAUAUAAUAUUUCCCCUUCUUCCCUAUUUUUUAGCUAUAGUAAAAACAUGCGAUGAAGUUUCCUCAGAGCUACAGCACAUUUGAAUUUGCACUCUUGGCAAUCGUUAAUCACACUUCGAUGAAAUACAAUGUUAGCUGGUGAUUUACCGUUCAUUUUGAAAAGUCGCCGGGAUCGGCUCAAUUCUAAUCCAUAAUACCGGGGGUAUUUGUCCUUCUGUACAACAAUAGUGACUCGUCCGUUUUCAUAUGAAGUCUGCUAUUAGAUUGACGACAAAUAAACUUUGUACAUCCAGAUUCAAAGCGUGGUUGAUGUUUACAGUUAUCUUGAGGAAAUGCUGCCUCUAAUUUCCCUGCUGUCUUAGAUUCUCAGAUGGACUCGUAAUACUCUUUUUUCGAAUAAUUCAAACUAUUAUUAAGUUGUAUAAUUAAUAUUAAUCAGAGUCAUUUCUUAUUUUAAAGUCAUUUUCUGUGGACGGACACUGUGGUUUUAAAUGACAUAAACUUUGGAUCUAUCAUUUCUUACCUUGUUCUCUGGUUAUGUAAUGAAUGGUUUUUGUAAAAAAUAAUAUUGUUGGUUAUUGCAGCGACCAAAUGUACUUUUGAAAGCAACCAGUGUGGCUGGGUAAACACAGAUAAAGACAACUUUGACUGGAAGCGCAAGCAAGGCCGAACUCCAAGCUAUGGUACCGGUCCUUCCGUUGACCACACGACGGGAACAAAUCAAGGAUAUUACAUGUACAUCGAGACUUCGUAUGGUACCGUUCGUGACCGUGCAAGAAUGCUCAGUCCUGUUUUCAAGAAGGUAUGAUAUUGGGUCUCAAAACGAAGACCAAUGAAUAUCGGCUAGUGGUAACUUGUAAUUUCGUGUUCUGGCGACAAGAGAAUAUUUUAACCACUUUCAACUCUCAAGAUCUAAUUUGCAGCUUUACCAUCUAGCCUACGCACAUUUCCUUGUUAUUAAGCCAAGUUUAGAAGAAGUGUGUCUUCAGAGAUACCACCAUGAGCUGAUCAAAUUGGCUUUCCUCAUCAUCUGUUAACCAGAUAUUGUAUCGAAAUUUCCAGUACAUGUUACAAUUUGAUCGUGCGUUUACUUUCUAUAGUAUAUCAUACUGAAGAUUUAUGUUAAAGAGCGGCUCAGGAGUAGAAUCAUCCUAAAGUUCUUGUUUGUUUUCCUUACUAGGCUCACUCUAACUGUAAGAUGACAUUCUGGUACCACAUGUAUGGUUCGUCCAUUGGCUCUUUGAAUGUUUACCUCAAUAUCAGCAACAAAUUAACUCUUUGGUGGAGGAAGUUUGGUAACAAAGGCAACCAAUGGCUGCAGGGAACUAUGGGAAUUGGAAAGCAGAUGCAGGCUUUCCAAAUUCUCUUUGAAGGUGGGAGACGUAACCUUUCUUUAAAAAAGACGGGAAGUGGAGAUAGAGGGUUUUUGUGUUCCAGUUGAGCGUUUCUCUACUUGUCAAGUAAUUUUCUCUGAAGGGGAACGGCGUGUGUGUGUAGGGAAAACAGCAUUUUGCUCCCCACAAUACUAAAUUAACCUUUACGCUCGUCAUAUGAUCGUCUUACAUGCAGGAGGCUAGUGACUGUCGAAAACGUUUAAAGUACACCGAUUUAUUUUUUCUUGUAAUUUUAAAGGUAUUGUCUUUCUUUCAACGAAACAGAUGCAUUUUAGCCAAGGCAAUGCUCGUAUCUAUAAUCUUUUUUGAUGAAGUGAGGACAAGCACUAAAGAGGUUUUUAAACGAUUAUUGAAAAGGCUAAAAAACAACAAACAGGAACCUCCCAUCCUUCCUAAACUGCAGCAACUUUAUUACCACGCAUUUUUUUUCGAUUUGAGAAUCAGUCAUGUCGCCCUUGAAAUUUACUAGCAAUCCAACAUGUGGUUAAUUUUCCCAUUCCUAGUUGUAUCUCAUAAGCGUCAUAGUUUCAUUUUGGCUAUUUUUAGCGACCCGAGGCAGAACUUACUCGGGAGACAUCGCUCUUGAUGACAUCCAGUUUGUUGACUGUGCACUUCCUCCGGUGACCAGCAGCUGUUCCGAAUUCGCCUGUACACGGAAAUCCUGUGUCAAGCAGGACUAUGUCUGUGAUUACAAUGACGACUGUGGUGACAAUUCAGACGAAAAAGCUUGUGGUAAUGUCAUGUUGUUCACGAUACCCUUGUUUAGAACAUCUACCACUGCUUUCUAAUUGCAGUAUUGCACAUGAGCCUACACUUGAGAAAUUAACCGCUGACCAGAAGUGCCUUCUUAGUUCGUAGCGUUUGGAAUUUUCUUUAUACUAUUUUUUUCUUUCAAUAGGUUACUUUGCAAGAAACUUAACAUUGCCAGUUAGCCCGUCAUCUUUUUUCUGUUGAUUCUCGUAUUUUCUUCAGUAUAUCUGGCCCUAACCUCAGUCUACUUUUGACAGGUACUUACACAACACGGUGCGACUUCAGUCAGGGACCUUGCGACUGGACCCAAAGUACUGAGGACGACUUUGAUUGGUUACGAAGACGAGGUGAAUAGCUGAUGAUUAAUGUAGUAAUGGUCUUAUUAAGAUGGGGUCAAACAAAAUAACUCGUACAGGGCCUUUUUAUGCGCGAACUUACGCAGGACAUUCGCAACAGUUGCUUUUGGAUCUCUUGAUGUUUCACUUGUGCUUCUUCUUGAUGUUUCGCGGAGGAUCUUGUUUUGGUCUUUUCAGGAGGAUGUGGGAUAAGAAAAUUUUGCAUUUGAAAUUUACCUUAAACUCACCACAAAGCAUCAAGUAAUCAUGAUCAUCCACAUAUUUUAGUAAAGCGGGCAGUAUUUUGAUUGCAUAACGAAGUAGUCGUUGUCUUCGACUGCGACUAACAACCACAUUAUUUUGAUGUGACAGGUGCCACAGCUUCUUGGAAUACUGGCCCACCUUCAGAUCACACCACACAGACUGGCUAUUACAUGUACAUCGAAACUUCUUGGCCUCGAAAGUAUGGCGACAAGGCCUGGAUGGUAAGCCGAAACUUCCAAGCACUCAUUCCCGGCUCAAAUCCCUGCAAGCUCCGGUUCUUCUACCAUAUGUACGGGGACUCGGCUGAGAAGUUUUCCUUGUACAUCAGGACUACUCGAAAUGGAACCAAUAUGCAGAAAAUGUGGAGAAAAGUUGGUUCACAAGGAGCUGUGUGGAACAGAGCUGUCGUGACCCUGACUUCAGACAAGAACUUCCAAGUAUGGCUUUACUCCACUCAUCCAUAUUUAUCUCUCCACUUCCAGGAGUGACCAAAAUGAAUUUUUCUUCGAAAUCUUUUUUAGCAGUAAAAUGACGAUAAGAAAGGAUAAAAUUAACUGUGCGAUAUCGAUCGUUCCCACACAAAAUUCUCGGAGCUGAAAUCAUUAGAUAAUAUAUGGUAGACACUUAGGAGAAUUUAUUUUUAGAUCUUUGGAGGGAAAAAAAUUAAAAUUUUUACUCCUUUUCAGUUCUUCUCUCAAUAUUGCUUUGAGAUUUGAAUUUCUCAUGUUGGUAGUUUUUGCUUUUGACCUUUUUUUUCUAUUUUUUUCCGGGUUAUGGGUUAUGAUGGCGCUCGGUUUAAGCCGUGUGAAGCAUGAAUAGUCCCCGUGAAUGAUGCAAUAGCCGACGGGUGAGCUAACCUCAAAGGCAGUCACUUGCGGUAGAUGUGGUGGGUGAUUGUUAGCGGGAAAUCACGCGCAAUCAAAAUUUAGAUUUUGUUACAUAUCAUUUGUAUUGCUUGCCUACAAACAAAAGUAUCGACGUGUAGUUCUCCCAGUGGCCUCUUUGCUGGAAGUUUGGGCGGUGGGGAAAGGGCUUUUGUGAUGUAGGCAUAGUGGAACCCUCUCGUCAGAUCUGGGUGGCUCAAAAUCCGAUUAAAUAUAAUUCUGGGUCAGCUCUAUACUAAAACUUUACGUCGUCAUGAACCAUGAGUAAAACGAACCUCUCAAUCCACUGUGCCUGUUUAACAAGACUGCAUUUAUUUUUUUCAGGUGAUAUUUGAGGGUAUGCGAGGCGAUAGCUACACUGGUGACAUUGGUUUGGAUGAUGUUUCCUUCACAACUGACUGCAAGCCAUAUGGUGGAGAUCUUCCCGAUGCCCCAUCGCCCACACCAACUCCUUCAGGAGGACCCACUCAGUCACAUCAGUGUAGCAGCGCAGAGUUCAAUUGCGCGAAACAGGGGCCUGCUGCUUGCAUCCGAAGCACGCAGGUAAUUGUUGUUAAACAUUGUGCCUCUACUUGACGCUAUUUUAGGCUUUUCUUAUAGGAGUAGGAAGGGAGGGGGGGGGGGGGGGAUUGUGUUGAUUACUUGCGUGAUACAUUAUUGUUAAUAUUUAGACAGAGUUUUGAAGGUUUCAAAGCUGCAAUCUUUAACACUCCUAUCCCUAUCUCCUACUCCUUCGCUCCUCUUUUGAGCAAAGGGGAGGCGAACAAAAAGUAAUUUUUUUUCCUUAUUUUGGACGAACGCUUGCUCCUCAGGUCUGCGACUUCCAAAAUGACUGUCAGGAUGGAUCAGACGAAGGCAACUGUGCAAAGACUCGCUGUACUUUUGACAGUGGGGACUUAUGUAAUUGGUAUGUGGAUAACCCUACACGGAAACGGCGUGAUGUGGCCUACACCUGGCUAGCUCAGCAGGGUGCUACAGGCACGGCCCUUACGGGACCCACAAUAGACCACACGACAGGUAAGAAGCUUUUCAAGUCUUGAUAUCGUUAGUAUCGGCUAGGCUUCCUGUGAUCAAGCUGGUGCUGGUGUGUUCUUUUACUGGGUACUUAAGUUUCGGACAUUCGCAUAUAAUUUGACUGACAUCUUUUACACUGAUUAUCGAAGUUAUUUCGGGGCCGAUGCUGUACCGUUUGAGCUGCAAUACUCGUUUUAUAUGCGACGAACGUCCUGUAUUCUGCGAAGGUCAGUGUUAUUGGCACGUCUCGUUCGAGGACAAACUAAAAAGAUAGAUAUUUUGUGGUCGAAUAAGGGACACGUUCAAGAGAAUGGUUUGUCACGAAUGUGGAAGAAAGAACAUCUUAUGAAUUCCCACGAGGUCUCAAACCUCAGACCUUAGGAUUCCUCGCUCAGAUACUCAGCCACUUAGACACAGACUACACGGUGAACUAGGCCAUUACAAGAUUCACAUGUGACACUCUUCGUGCAUACGUUAGGAAGAGCAUUGUCAAAACUCUAUGUAUGUUAACAGAAUAAGAAAGAUGGUGAACUUUAAGCUCGCUAAUGAAAUAGGGAAGGAUGUUUUUCCUUCUUGAAAAGAUGUUAAAGAUGUGUUUUCUUUGUUUCUAACAGGUACUACAGCAGGAUGGUAUAUUUACGCAGAGAGCUCUGGAGGUUCUAAUGGAGAUAGGGCACUACUCUCCACAACCCGGAUCGGUCAAACUGGACCGCAAUGUGUUCUGUCGUUCUGGUACCACAUGUAUGGCCAAUCGGUAGGAACUCUGUCAGUCAAGCUGUCCUUCUUAGAUGGAACACAACCUGUUAUCUGGACCAAGUCUGGUGACCAGGGCAACUCUUGGCUACAAAGCCGCUUGGUGAUCGGAUCAAGACAACUAUUGAAGGUAUCUGGUGGAUGCGUAAUGCAUUUAAAGCACUUAUUCCUGAUGUUUCUUUUACAUCCCCAUAUGAUUCCAUAUUCUCGUAAGAGAGGCUCUUGUUUUGUUAAGGUUUCUGUGAAAUCCCCAGGAUCUCUCCUUUUCAAUAACAUUUCUUUCAUAUUUGUUAAAGGCCUUAAUGCUUUAACCCUUUACACCCUAACAUGAGUAUGCAUUUUCUCCUUACUGAUCUCUAUAGUAUUCCUAAGGUGUUGAAAAGGAGAAUUUUUUUAACCGUCAAGAGCUUUUUGUUGGUGAUCAUUUGCUUUAUUCUUGUGUCUUAAAUUUAUAAUUCAGGGGUGAUAUUGUAAGGAGAAAUUGGAUGCUAGUCACUCUUAGGUAUGAAAGGUUCGAGUGCAAAAACCAAAGUAAUCACUUCGAGGGAAGGAAAGUCUCUCAAAGAGUCCAUGAAAAUUCAAAAUAUAAACAAGCAAACUGCUUGACGCGCAGAAAAAUGCAAUUGAUCAAGUUGCGGUUGGUUUCAGCAUUGAAUCUAAUUGGUUGAGUGGCGCGAGCGUUUAGACCAAUCAGAAAUUAAAGUAGCGCAAAACCACCGUAAUCUCAGAUAAUUUAGGACACUCAAAAGAAGCUCGCCCUGUUAAGACAAUAUUGGUUGAUUCUUUUAAGACACAUGACUUAUAUUUAAUUUAUUUCCUCUCGUGCAACUUCUCGCUUUCUACUUUAACAACAAAAUCACUCUUCCAUGGGACUAGCUUUAAUUUCUGACCUUUUGUGGCUUUUAGGUCAUCUUUGAAGCAAAGCGGGGUUCCGGUUACAAGGGAGAUAUCGCUUUGGAUGAUAUAGAAUUCAUGAAAUGUCAGCCGCUGGACACCACAAAGAAGUGUACCGUGGAUGAAUUCCAGUGAGUGUAAAAUGCUCCGUAGCUUUUUAAAUGACAUCAUUAUUUGCACUCGCCUGCUUCCUAAAUCUUUCAAAAUUAAGAGUAUUUGAAUAGUUGUGAGAUCCAGAAUUAGUGAUGUUCUGAACAUAUUAGAUUAUGUGUGAAGUAGCCAAGCUUCCCUGCCCUAUCCCGGCCUAUCCCUUAAAUCCUGGUAUCAUUUUUACGACCGCAUCACGUAGUUAACAGGGAACAAAUGGACAUAUCAUAAAUUUAUCUUGUGCGAGACCAGAUUUUCCUUUUUUGAAUUAUCAGAUGGAAAAGUAGCAAUUAGAUAUGGGUAUUUUUUAGAUCAAAAGACAGCGUAGGAAUUAGUUUUCCGUUUCUUAAGCAGAAUUUUGCUUAAUUGUGAUGAAAGACAGGAUUUAAUCGAAACAUCCAACAUAAUGUUGCAAGCGGAUAUUGAAAAUUCAAAAGAAAGUUAAUGCCAUCUCUUUGUCUUCCCUUUUUAGGUGUGCACAAGGAGGCUGCAUCCCGAAGACAUCACUAUGUGACUUCAGUGCCGACUGUAUGGCUGGGGAUGUAUCAGAUGAGGCCACCUGUUCUGCUUACAAGUCUGGACAAUGUGAUUUUGAACAUGGUCUAUGUCUGUACUCACAGAGUUCUGAUGACAAAUUUGACUGGACUACAUCCACUGAUGGUACAUUCUCCUAUGGUACCGGCCCUUCAUCUGACCAUACAACUCAGACAAACAAAGGUAUGUGUUGGAGCUAAAAAUAAAAAAUCAUAUAUAUAUAUAUAUUAAUCAACAAACGAGUUUAUAUUUAAAAUUGGCCUCUAAAAGGGGUUUCUUAAGUCUAAGUUUCGAACGUUAGCCCUUCAUCAGAGCGAAUGUCGGAGCUACCUCGAUGCGCCCCUUGUUUGGUCUCGUUUCGCUGCUCGCUCUUCAACAGACAUAUCAACAGUUCUUUAGAGAUAAAGUGGGUUGCGUGACAGGGAUAAAGUUGUGUGACAGGACUAAAAGACGUUUGCAUUAGAGGCUUUUUCUGUAGCAAGAGUUAUAACUUGUGUUUUUAUAGAUAGCAAGAAGUUGUUUACGGGAAAAAAAAUAAUUCAGUGUCGUGAAGCUGAAGAUAAAAUGAUAACUUUCAAUCAAGACACCAGAGAAUAACUCAGAAAACUCUGAGCUCUUAAACUGCCUGACUGCUUAAAGCUAGAGAAAAGGAGAGUUUUAAAGCCGCGAUUAGUUUUCAAUGUGUUUCUGAUCGGUUUAGAACUUUCCGAUAAUUUGCAGACUAACUAAGAGACUCUUAGCAAAAAACGUUCCUCAGCAUGAGAAGAAGGAAACUUCCUUGUAGUCAUGCACAACUGUGAACAAAUGCACAGAAUCUCAAUUAUGAAUCAUUUUGCUUGGUAUCCAUUUCAGGUCGGUACAUGUACAUCGAGACUUCAUGGCCUCGCAGACCCGGAGACAAUGCCCGUUUGAACUCACCCAUCUUAAGGAGUACUUCAUCCAACUGUUACCUCCGAUUCUACUACCAUAUGAAGGGUAGUCAUAUUGGCAGCCUUCUCGUAAGAACACGCACAAGCUACUACGUAGGAGGUCUUUCCAAUCCUAUAUUGAACAUUACAGGACCACAGGGUGACUUCUGGUACCGCGGAUUGGUUCAAGCACCUUACAGUCAGAAUGAUUACCAGUUCGUCAUAGAAGGAGUGAGAGGCAAUGGAUACCAGGGUGAUAUUGCGAUUGAUGACGUUUCCCUCACGCCUGGUUGUCAGAUAUGCAAGGAUUGCACCAUGCCAGGUAAAAUAGCAGGCAUUUUACUCUUCGCUAGUCGGUUUAUUUUUCCUUGUAGCCUUUUUUUCAGUGCUUUUUGGUUGCCUAAAAAACUGAAAGAUUACUUUUGGCUACUAUAAAGGUACCUUAGUGAAACCCGAUUCUUAGACAGGGAUGUAACGUGUCACCAGAAUGGCAACUUUGCGUUUUCGCAUACUGUCGUUUGUUUGUUUUAAUUACGGUAAAAAGAAAUAAAGGUUAUCAGGUAGAAAGGAGGAUGCGACAAAAAAAACAAAAAAAUUUUGGAGUUUUCGCGCAGAAAGUAAGAUCUAAUGGUUUGGACGAUUUACAUUUUUGUUAACCAUUUGUCGUCUUAUUGAUCAUUGCAAGUAAGUUUCAUCACAUGGUAGUUUGCCGAACUGCUAUGUUUGAUUUGAUUAUGAGUUUAACUAGGUGCCCACAUGGUUCAAGAAUAAGUGUCGCUUCUAGGUUUCCUUUCCGAGCACUGCAUGCUGUCUAACUAGAUUUUCCGAUGUCGUUAUCGGCUCCCACAAUACAUGAUUAUUUCAUCGAAUGUUAGAGUGAUCCAAGGCUUUUUACAUAGUUUUCAUUAAUCAUUUUCUUUUCUUUUUUUCUUCAGGUCAGCCAACACCGACUCCAUUUGGUUUCCACUCGCGGCCCACUGGGACCUCUUGCGGUGCUCAGCAGUAUGUCUGUAAGAACCUCAAAUGUGUGGACAAGGCUCAGAUAUGUAACUUCAAAAAUGACUGUGGAGACAACUCCGAUGAAAUCCCCUGCGGCUCGGAUUGUACAUUUGAGGAUGAUUGCUGGAGGGGCUGGAGACAAUCUACCGGUACUGACAACUUUAACUGGAGGCGGAAGAAUGGACAGACACCGAGUGUUGGAACGGGCCCUACCAAUGACCACACUCUGGGAACGGCCCAGGUACAUUAACGACAAGAGUUAAAAUAUUUUGGAUUCUCUGCUGUGGUAGAUGAUUAUUGAACGUGGUUGAGCAAAAUAUCAUUAUUUUUCGGUGGCAAGCAGAUCAAUGUUUGUUUCUCGGUGCGAAGGGAAAAGGAAGGUUAACACAUAAUGGGCUCCAUUUGGCGUGAUAUUUGCUCCAAUAUCUGUUCGCGGACAAAAUACAAUCCAAGUGAAUAUUUUUUCGAUAGAAUGAAAUUUUCUGAGAUCGAAUAUUUGAUUUUAUUGCUCCUUAUGGUGGCCAUUGUGUCUAUUAUUCUUGACGUUUUUCUCGCAAUACGCGACGGAAGCUUUUCGUCAAGAACAUUGACAAUUGAAUGACAUUCGAUGGUAUAACAGCGCGAUAGUCGGCGAGCGUGGUAACAAAGCAACUGGUGUUUCCUUGUUAUCCUGACCGCCAGCUAUUGCGCUCAACCCAGAAUGUUUUACAAGUAAUUCUAGCGGCUGGUGUGUUUGUUUAUUUGUUUGUCAUUUUUUUUAAGUAGCAGGUGGAUAAUGACAUCUAACAAUUUUUAUCUUUUCAGGGCUACUACAUGUAUAUUGAAACAUCACGCGGGAAUCUCGGUGACAAAGCAGAGUUGACAUCGUUCAGGUAUUUUGCUUCAAGUCCCAACUGUAAGAUGACAAUAUGGUAUCACAUGUAUGGAUCAGGCAUUGGAGUGUUUGAGGUCAAGGUCAAGAAAUCCGAUGGAACGUAUGAUUACAAGUAUACAUUGAGAGGAAAUCAGGUAAAUCAUUUUUUUUAAAAGUUAUAUCAUGAAAAGUUUUCUUUUUAAUGGCCUAUAAGGUGAAAGCAGUACUAAGCAGACAUUUAAGAGACUCUAGCUUGAGUCAGUUUUAUACUUGAGUUUCCUCUCUAUACAGCUUGUAACAAUUGUCGAAAAGCGAAUUUAGGAGCAAUUUGUCCUUUAACAGGGCAAGAGAUGUGCAAAUAAGCUUCAGUGCUCUGAUGCUAUCGGUUCGUCUAGACCAAUCUGGGUUCCUUCGAAUCUGGCCGUUUCAAAUUCAAUAUUCGUGUAGAAUAUUGAAUUUCCCUACAGGAAAGAGAGAAAAUACUGGUUCCAAACACGGAGUCCUAAGAGCCCUCAUACAUUUCGCACGGUACCGGUACCUCAUUGUAUAUCAAAAGUGAGCCUUAACGCCCCCUAACUGCGCAAAUAUGCUUAUAAAUUUGGUACCAUGUGGUAAAUAAACUUUUUAUGAUCUCCACAGGGAAAUGCUUGGAAAAAAGCGGACAUAGAUAUUGGUGUAUACAGGAACUUUGUGAUCAUUAUUCAAGCCACCCGUGGAUCAAGCUGGCAAGGUGAUAUUGCCAUCGACGACAUCUCUUUCAGCAAUUGCUUCUCUGAUGUCACAAGGAACUGCACUCAGAAUGAAGUAUGUUUGCUUUGGUUCUGUUAUUUUAUUUGAAAAGAUGUCUUUAGUUUUCAAAAUAAUUAAGGGAUUAAUAUUUCACAAUGAUUUCCUUGGGCUGAAUUUUUAUAAUUAAUUGCAAGUUAUACCGUUUCACGUAUCCUUUUUGAUACAGGGACACCAGGUAGGUUCGCUUGUAGAGGCGUUGAUAUCGACUUAACAUGAAUUUUUACACAGCUACUUAAUUUUUAUCACCAGCUGUUUUUUUUCUCUUUAUUUUUCCCUCUCUGCUUCGCUGCGUUUCUGUUUGAUGAUAAAAAUUGUGUUCGGUUUACAUGAACCGAUAAAGACAACAGGAUGUUGAAGCUGAGCUAUAGGGAAAAUUGAUAUAAGAUAAACAGGCACCGUUGAGAACGCCCAAUCUCCUUAUUCCUUGCCCCCCCUCCCCGCCUCUAAAGUGUUCCUUUUUAGCCAACGGCAACAUUGCAUCUUUUCAGUCGUGUAACAUGCCUCUGAAAUUCCCUGAGGUAACUUACGUCGUAAAUUUCUCAUGUUUACUUCAUCAAAGGUGAAAUGCAAAGACAGUGGUCAUUGUGUAACAGAACAAAGAGUUUGCGAUCAUGUCAAAGAUUGUAAGGAUGGUACUGAUGAAAGUCAGUCAUGUGUUCCAGUCGAAAAGCCAGUUGCGACUUUGAAAUCAACUGGUGUAGCUGGUUCAACUACUGGAGUGACGACUUUAAUUGGCUUCGUCAAAGUCAGAUCGGAACGACUGGAACAGGUGUGAUAUUUGAUUUCUUUCGUAAUGCGUUAGCACUUCAAUUUAAUUCGUCUGGGCGUACGCUAGUUCAUCUCCAGUGUUAUAAAAACGUCGUUGCACUAGCUUUAUGUGGUCUUUUGUCAUUGGCAUGCGUAGCACGCGUUCGGGUAGAACAUAGUGAGAAGAAACGCGAGGGAAAUAAGCUCCUCUAUUGCUCUAAUGCGCGUGACAUGUCGCGCGUGUGACAAAUUGUGUUGUGUGCAACGGCUUGGUAAUAAGUUAUUCUUCCUGUCGGUUCAAUUCAACCUGUGAUUACCUGGCGAGAUAUCUUGGCCUAGCAUGACUGCUUCUUUGUGUGUUGAUACUUGGCUAAUUUGACGUUGUAACCUAAUGGCUUUUUAGUUUGAAACGGCGCCAUAUUUUGCAGAUCCAACUAAAUUAUCCCUGUACUUGGAGUUGCGUGAGAGCUAAAAGAGCUCAAAGCACUAAAACAGUAAAAUAAUUCUCUCGUCUAAAUUCCGUUUAACAUAUUUUAACGAUAGUCGAAAUUUGAAGUAUUAGGAUGGAAAUUAUCCUAGCUCCAACCAGAUGUGUCAUAAUCUUUCUUGUUCUUGUCUCCAAGGUCCAAAAGGAGACCACACCACUGGGAGUGGUUGGUUCAUGCACAUAGACUCGUCAAGUCCAAGGCAGCUUUUAGACAGAGCGAAACUUGCACAUGGUAAUUUGUUCCCGGCCGGCCGCGGAGUUUGUACUCUACGAUUCUACUACAACAUGUAUGGAUCACAGAACAUGGGAUAUCUGAAGGUCCACUUGCUUACUAAUGGGUACUCGAACUGGAGGGAAGUCUGGAAAACGAGAGGUAAGAUGUGUGUAAUGAACUUGAAAUUAAGAUGAAAACGAGACUUAUAGGCUAGCUUCGUGGUAAUUAGUCUUUCAAUUAGAGUGCCAUUGUAUCUGUUUUUGUUUAUCUAAACCUGUGGCCCACCGCCGGCGUCUUCCCCGCUCCUCCCUUUAUAAAAAAAUGAUUUAUUGAGAAACUUGUUCAGAGUCCGUACAGUUUUCAAUUCUUGAAAAAAAAGUAGUAUGGAAAAUAACAAACUUAGUUUCAAGACCUGGAUAGGUACCAGAUUACUUUCCAAACUACAACGAGUAUGUUUCAUUAUUGCAAUCGCUGAAAAGUUUGACAAAAGGCCUGUAAUUUGUACACAAGUUUACACAAACCAUAAACCGUGGUCGUUUUUUUGCUCCUUAGGUGAUCCUACCAAUCAAAACUGGGUGCGUGCAGAGGUCAAGCUAGACUCCUACUCGUCGUUUAGGGUUGGUUUUGAAGGUAUCGUUGGCGGAGAUGACAAGACUGAUAUUGCAUUGGAUGAUAUAAGCUUUUCUGCCGGUUGCUACGUGGUAUGUAUUCUUCUACUGCGUAAAAAACGUACAACUGUAAAAGGGGAAUAGGGUUGUAGUUAAAGACGUUUUUAAGGUAUUAAAUUAUGGAAGAGCUUCUUCCUUCAAAGAAAUGUUUAAUGAAGAGCUUCUAAUAUCAAUUUAUUUGUUUGUUUGUUUGUUUGUUUGUUUUCUCUCAAAUAAUUCAUCAGUUAUACAUGCAAUCAGCAGUUUCAAGAUAUUGCGUUGGCUUUCGCUUUGUUUGAUCUCGUAACUCCCAAGGUCUGAUUAUCAAUUCUCCCCUAUAGCUGCAACACAUUAUCUUUUUAAUAAGUUACGAGAACUUAGUACUAGAUCAAGAAAACGAGUUCUACGUGAUAGGUUUGAGUAAUCUCACUACCUGUUUGUUAGAGAAUGUUUGGGUAUUGUAGGGAGAGAUUACAUGUUUAUCACUAAUGGGAGUUACCAGAUUUGUCAGGUUUAAGACCAAAUUCGCCAAGUGAUUUUAUGGUAAAAAUAAGUCCUUCUAGAAAAUCUCAGUCGUGGAUAUAUUCUGAAGGCUCCUUAACAUGCUCAGAUUCGUUAACUAAGCUCAAGAGUAAGCUUUAUAUAGCUCAGUCAUAGAAGUCUGCGGUUUGAUUCUUCUUGAAGGAAAAAUGAAUAAACAUCUCUCUUCGACAGCUGAGCUUAACUUGACUGAUCUUUUAAGCGCAGAUACACCCGUUGAGUCUGUUUUGUGCUAUUUUUUUUUCAGGGAGGCAUUCCGCCUGCACCAACAGGUGCUGCACAAUGCACCAGUAACCAGUUUUAUUGCAGUGCAGACGACCUGUGCAUCAAUAUUAACUGGAAGUGUGACGGAGAGCAGGACUGUACUGAUGGCGAAGAUGAACUCAAGUGUCCACCACCUUCACCGCAACCAACCCCUCCACCUGGAUCAUCUCAUCCCGCAGACUGCAACUUCGAUAAAGACUACUGUUUGUGGGAGUCUGCAAAGUUUGCUGAUAUGAGAUGGCUACGAAACCAAGGCCAGACACCUAGCUGGAACACUGGCCCCAGUGCUGAUAAAAGUGGCGCAGGUAACAAAAUUGAUACCACAUAUGUAACUUGGCUCAGUCAAGUGCAAAUCCAUAAUUGUUGUUGCUUUCUGUAACGAAGGCAUCUUUGUUUUUGCAAAAAUUAAGUGCUUUGUCCAAACCUUUUUUAGUCAUUUAUUCUCCUUGAAUGAUUAAUGUGAUUUCAGUGUGUUCGUUUCUGCAAGUAAAACGUUGUUUGCCUUUGCCAAGAACGUGCUUUGAAGCUGCUAAAAGCGGAGCGAAUAAACCAAGGUGUAAUGUGUUUAUUUCCUGAAGGAAAACUAGAUUAAAAGCAAAUGGACAAAUGUGUCGCUGAUUUCUGUUGUGUGUUAUCACAGGUUACUACGUUUACGCUGAAGCCACAGGCUACUAUUUGGGCCACUUUGGAGAGCUUUUGGGUCCAAAUUUGUUACCAUCUGCAACGUGCCAAGUUUUCUUCUGUUACAAUAUGAAUGGAAAAGACAUGGGAACCCUAAAUGUUUACCAGCGCUUUACUAAUGAUGCCAAACCUGACAUGACCCAAAAGAAAAUCUGGUCGAAGAGUGGUGACCAGGGUAACAAAUGGCGCUGCGAUUAUGCCAAUAUUCCGAGUAAAGUGCAAUUUUCAGUUGUCUUUGAAGCUAUACGGGGCGACGGCUAUCAAUCAGACAUCGCCGUGGAUAAUAUCCAGUUCGUCAAGUGCGGAAAUCUUGGGCCGACUCCAGCUCCAACACCAAAACCCAAACCGUCCAUCAUGGAUGACGAUUUUGAGAAAUGCGUCAGCUGUUGGUCUAAUGAGCAGGAUGGCCACGACCAGAUGGACUGGAUUGUUGGACGUGGGGAAACUGCUAGCCAGAAUACAGGUCCUUCCUACGACCACACCAAAAAAAGCAUUUUAGGGCGCUAUCUUUACAUUGAUGCCUCCAGUGUCACGUCAUCGGGCUGGUACCAUGCCGAUUUGGAAAGCAGGCUGCUUGUUGUUGACCGAAAGUGUUACAUGUCUUUCUGGUAUCAUAUGUAUGGCUCUGGGGUGGGCUCGCUGUGGAUUGUCGCCUAUGCGUUUUCCGAUCCUAACAAUUUGAUUGGUAAGUGACAAACUCUAUGUGGCUGGGAUUUUGUAGUUGAUAUGGAGCACUCUUAUUUGUUAGGUCAGACUUUAAAACUCCUUUCAUCCCGUUAAAACAAGGUAGGAGUAUCGCUUCGUGAAAGUGGAAACGCUCGGACAAACUAAACGCCUGCGUAGUAGGAGUUUUGAGCUGGGGAGCCGCAAAAGGAAUGGGGAAGAGUAAUGCUUGUCUUUCUCUUGUCUCUUGUAAAUAAUUCUUAUACACCCAGGUUUCAUUAGCAAUUCUCCUCACUGUCCUUCAUACAAUUCUUUUGACGCUAGUUCGGAGAAUUUGGUAUUGAGUCGACUUCUAAUCCCCUAAUUUACAUUUUCUCUAUUCGUAUCACGUUACUUAUCUGCUUGAUAUUGUUUUCCUAUUGUUAAAUCACUUAUGAGAGUUGAUGGGUUAAUUUGAGAUUUUGAUUAUCAUUUUAAAAGAUGCUCUACAACGUUAAAUGGUGGUUUGAAUCUCUUGAAUGACAGAAUAAUUGGAAACAUUUCUUCCCAUAGAUCACAAACAGGUCGACUUGUGGUAUGAGUGGGGUAACCGUGGUAAUAAGUGGCAACAUGGCAUGGUGAGUAUCUACAAUCCGGAGACGGCCAAUAAGACAGUUAAAAUUGUGAUCAGUGGGGUCAGAGGAUGGAACUACAAUGGAGACAUAGCAAUAGAUGACAUAGAGUUCCACAACUGCAAGUUUAAUGAUGAGAUAUCACCAUGCACAGAAACCUUUCCAAAGUGUAAUGAUAACCCGUUCACCCGUCCAACGCUCGGUAAGUAUUUCACGAAGCCUCCUAUUUCAUUCUGAAGAAAUUAAAACAUUGAAGGGCAGAUGGACAACCAGUGUUUCGUCUGUCUCAAGAUUGCGGCGUUUUGUCCUAUACAGAAAGGAGAAAAGGUUGGGGGAAAAAGUAGACUCAUCCCUCUUUCCAUUCCCAUCUUUAAAAUAUGUAAAAAUAACAAGGCGUAUUACGUAAAGGCCAAGCUCGCAUUUCAGGCUGAAGCCACAUGUGAUCCAAACCGAUAGGAGGUUACAAAGAGGAUAUUACAAGGCCGCCCUUGGUGUUCACAUAAUAAUAUUAUUUUAUAUAUUUUCAUACAGGUCCGCUAUCCGGUGACUGUAAUUUUGAGCACGGUACUUGCCACUGGAACAACACAGCCGUCAACGAUAUGCCGUGGUAUCUUAGAGAGGGCAAAACUUCCAGUAAGAACACCGGUCCAGCGGUUGAUCACACCACAGGAACAUCAAGCGGUAGGGAGUUAAUUGUUUACUUUUGUCCUUGACUCUAAACUGCUCUUAUAAUGAAGCACUGUGUACCCUCACUGUUAUGUAUUGUAAGGAUGAAAGGCAAAGAAGAACAUUUCUCUGAAUCAGUGACGCGUUUUGUCUACUUGUAGGUUAUUACAUGCAUAUUGAGGCCAGUUGGUAUGUCAAGGGCGCUGUUGCCAUCUUGGAGGGUCCUUACAUGAUGCCUACCUCAAACUGCAAGAUGACAUUUUACUACCACAUGUCCGGCCCUGACACAGGCUCACUUAUAAUCUUCGUGAACAGUGGAGAUGAAGUGAUUAAGAUAUUCAACAAGACUGGCCACCAGGCUGACAAUUGGAUCAAAGGUGAAGCAACGGUGAAGAGUGAUUACGCCUUCCGAAUUCACAUCACUGCCACACGGGGAGAUGGUUACCAAGGAGACAUUGCCAUAGACGACAUUAAAUUUCAGGUACAAUCACGCUGUAUUAUUAUUAUUAUUAUGAUAGCAAUUAUUAUAGUACCGUGAUAAGGUGCUCCUCAUGGAUUUGUACAAUAAACCUACUACUACCCACCCUGGGAUUGGACGUUGCUUAUUUCUCAGAGUACAGACGCAUGGCACAUUAUUAUUAUUAUUGUUAUUAUUAUUAUUAUUAGUAGUAGUAUUAUUGUUAUUAUAAUUGUUGUUGUUGUUGUUAUUGUUGUUAUUAUUAUUAUAGCUAUUAUUUUAAUUAUGAUUAUUAUAACUAUAAUAAAAAUAAUUAUUCUUAUUAUUCUUAUUAUAGUUAUCAUUGUUAGUUUUAUUAUUUUUCAUUUAUUAAUGCUGUUGUUGUUAUUAUUAUUAUUACUAUUAUUAUUAUUAUUAUUAUUAUUAUUAUUAUUCUUUCAUUAUUUCUGCUCUCCAUGACGCAUUGUUUUGGAAAUCUUUGGGAGAUUUUUAUCGGUGGGCGACUUGAAAAAAUACCUAGACUAGCGCAAAGCUUCGCCAGUUAAGCGCUCGGAGACCUUAAAUACUUAAAAAAAAGUAUUAAACUUACUCCUGCCUAUACUGAAGUGAAUGGAGAAAUCGUCACGGAAUCACUGUCUUACAAAUUCCUUCUUUAAAGUAGUACCUGAAAUUCUUUGCAGGGUCAAUGUUCCUUCACAGACGACCAGGCCUUGAGAUACGGCGACAAAGCCCUGAAAACGGGUUGUUCUGACGGUGGACGAGAAGGUUUCUUUCAGCAUCCGACUGUGGCCGGCUGCAAAGGUUAUUGGUGGGGACGUAAAAACCUCCGAGCCAAGCCUUCCUAUGUUGGUGCCACGUGCGGAGAUGACGUCGGGCGUUGGGGUCGUUGGUGUGGCCAACCUGCUGACCUGUGCGAAGAUGGCUGGCAUGUCUGUGGAACUUUUGGAGACGUUUUCGAAAUUGUCAACCGAGUAAGACUUAAGUUGCUUCUUUCUAAACAGAAAAGCUACAAAUGAUUUUUCUGUCAAAUCACAGCGUCAAUGCAUGUUAAAAUACAGGAUAAUCACAACUAUGAAACCGCAUGAAAAUUUCUCAUCGCAAAUUUAAAGGUACACGUGAGAAUCCUGUCGGAAUAUGAGCCAUUUCUUGGACGUUCUCUAACUAAUGAUUGUAACUCCACAGGGCAUGCGUUUGAUAUAGAACCUGUUCUUAACUUGUCCUGGCUAGUAUUAAGAUGUAAUCACAAGGGCAAUCCUUUUGUAAUAGUUUGUUUCAAAAGCGAACAACUAGUGUAGUUAUAUGCCCUUGAUUAAGUCAUUUGUUUUAGUUUCAAAGAGCAGUCGAUGAAAGAGCUAGGAAUUUCCUAAUAUAUUUGAACCAGAAGUUUGCAGAAGUUUGUUUUACUAAAAUCUGAUCCCUUCAUUGUGUAGACGAACGGUGUGGAUUGCCAGAGAGCUGGUUAUGGUCAUUUCAGCGCCGGUAUUAACCACUGUAAGACCAACAGUGGAGGAGGCGACGGCUGCAAGCGAGUAAAAACUGGAUUAGAUUAUGGUUGUGGUCAAUACCACGACUCGUGCUCAGAACCGCUUUGCUGCGGCUUUGGUUGCAAAGGUCCAGACUCCUGUGACUCAGGUAGGUCAAGCUUUAUUGUGGGAGCUUAUAGAGCUUUUGGUAGUGUGAAAAAUCAUCAAAGACGGGAUGUCAGUCCAUUUCAAACUAAUGCUUGACUUAAAAAUCUUGUUUUCAUUUCCUUCAUAAGGUGUUUUCAAACGCCAGACGAUGUACACGCCCGCUGCUGGCAAUCUAGAGGGUUGUUCGUUCAUGUCAGUAAGUAAUGCAGGCGGCAUCAUGUGCUGCAAAGACGACAGUACCACUCCUACCUACCCCCCGACGAAUGCACCAACUAAAGGUUCAUGUGACUUCGAAAGAGGCAUGUGUGAUUGGAUUGUUGAUUCAACUGCCCCUGCAAGUUUUACACGAAACCAGGGAGAGACACAAAACAGAAACACCGGUCCACGCUAUGAUCACACUAAACAGGAUGCGACUGGUAAGAUUACAGAUUCCAGAAUGCUUUUAAUUAACAACCUUAAGUUAAAGCAUAUCGCUUAAUUGUCUUUCGUUAAACCUAUGAUCGCCAUCUUGAAUUCGCUGAGCUGAGGAAAGCUGGCGAGAGCGGUAAUCUUUUACUAUGGGAGUGGUUGAUAUGCGGGAAGAACGAGAGGGCAUGAAGAGGAGAAUCCUUCGUGGUGGGUCAUAAAUAACAAGAGGAUGAUUCUGAUUCAUAGCCAUUGCCGUUAGUCGUCUUUGGGCCUCCCCCAGCCGCCCCACCACCUCACCUCCCCAAAGUGGAUGCUUGGCAAGCAAUUUAGUUUUUGUUUACUCUCCAUAUAUGACGGUGUUUGUUUAGCCCAUUUGAGUUAUUAUUCAGCUAUGGCAAGCUUAGUGUACUUCUAUGGCUUCAAUGAAGAGCUCGCUUAUUUUGUUUGUACUCAGCGUAUUAUCUCUGUGGCUCAGUGAUAGAGCGUCGAGGCACGGAAUCCUAGGUUUGAUUGAUUUGUCAUGGGGCCCCAUCUAAGUUUCUAUUUGUUGCUCCGUGUAGGGUAUUAUCUUUACAUGGAUUCAUCUCAAGCGCAGCCCAAAGACACAGCCAGGGUCUCUUACACCUUCACAAGUGUAUCAGAGUCUUACUGCCGGAUGAGUUUCUUCUACCACAUGUACGGCACUGGCAUGGGUGUGUUGCGUGUGUUUGUUGAACCCAAAGAUGGACAACGUACCGAGGUAAUUCACAAUUUUCUUUAGAGAACAGUAUGGAGAUUAUACAUACUAAUAUUAGUGUGUAGAAGGUUCAUCACUUGCAUCAUUGCCCGUUUUAACUGCUUUUUGCCUUACGGCGAAAAUAAAGUUAAACAGGGCAGCUCCUUUCCUAAUGAUGUUGUUGUUGUUGUUUUUGUUGUUGAUAAUGGUGUACAAACAAGCAAGUUAUAUUACUGACCAUUUUAAACAUUAUCUUCCUAUGAUAUCUCCUUUUAGGUUUGGAAAAAGGCUGGAAACCAGGGUGACGGCUGGUAUAGAGGUGUGCACAACUUCACGGAACUGAUUAAGAACAAGACAGCUUUCACCGUCAGUUUUGAGGCAGAGCGUGGUCCAACCACGGCUAGUGACAUAGCGAUUGAUGACAUCACCUUUUCAUCCUGCACACAUAGUGAGUGUGAUUCAGUUAUGACUAUGGCUAAGUAUCGUUUUAGCUCCGUCUACACUAAUCCAAAGAUGUUUUGCAUGAUUUAUUCUAAAAACGCGGUUAUGCAGGAUUUCUUCAAAUUAAUUGACAACAAGCCAUGUAGCCUGCUACUGUCUCACUUGUCAUUCUCUUCGUUUUUUACUGACUAUACUCAACAAGUACGUUAAAAAACGUUUUGGGGCACUUCUACCUUGUGCCCCUUUCUUGAUGUAGGGCCUCUUACGUUGAUGGGACCCACUGAGCGUCUUUGACUACUUUCUUAAAUAAAUCUUAAAAAGGAUAUCAAUGAUUUCUUUACAUACAAUCGCUUUCGUUGACUUCUCCUGCACAUUUGAAACGCUACCUCAUCAGUAUCGUCAUGACGAUAGGCAGGGCAUGCGCGUACUCUGCUACUUUUAGUCCUUUUCAAUUGCUUGAAGUGGAACUGUGACAGAAAUUUUGAAGCUGUUUGACGUAAAUAUUUGCGAUAUUUGCAAUACCCUUUUCAAAUUCAUGUAGAUAGGCAAAAACUGGGCUUCCAAGGGAAACUCUUUUCUUACCAUAGCUACUUGAACCACAAUUUCCAUUUUAAAUCUGGCUUAAUAUCUAGCAAACCUGAAAUCUCACAACAAGACCGUCAACUGUUAUUUACAAAUACCGUUUGGCAAAAUCUCACCGCUUUUAUUCCAUUAUUUUCAGCGCCACCAGGUCAGUGUAAGCGUGACGAAUUCCGAUGUAAGAGUGGAGAAUGUAUCAAGUCGGCCUUCGUUUGUGACCAAUACCCAGAUUGUAAAGACCACUCAGACGAGGGAGCAGAAGCUAACUGUGGUAAUAUUUUGUUAAGUUUUAAUUUCUGUGGUUGUUUUUUGGUUUGUUAAAUUGUUUGUUUUUCUCUUGCUCACUUUGACCUUCUUUUGAACCAGGAAAUAUUUUGGCAUAUACCACACAGGUGAAUAGUGCCUUUCGCGCGCGCUGAUUCGCCUGUUUGGAAGUGAUCAGAAAGUACUAUUCACUUCCGAAACGUAGAGACAAAAUCACACGUCAAGAUUUUGAUUUCCGACUUUUUCCUGUAUAUUGACAGAAAUGAACUAAUUUUUGGUUUCCGUACGGUGUAUGCUAAAACAGUUAUUCGCUUCAAAUCGGCGAAAGUAUUGUGUGUUUACCUCCACUUCGGUCAAUAAUUAGUAAUAAUUGAAGGAAUGAUGGCGUAAUUCUUUGGUAGAAUUUAGUUACGUUUUUAUCACGAUUUCUAAAGUCUGCUUUACUUGUUUUUGCAGCCAACCGUAAUUGUGGUCAUUUCCAGAUUUAUUGCCCAGCUGAUGGAAAAUGCCUAAACAAGACUCUGCAAUGUAACGGCAAGCCUGAUUGUACGGAUGGAAGCGAUGAAUCACAUUGUGGUAAGUUUGCUCGCUCAAAGUGAUUUUAAUUGUUGAAGAUUAUCAUUUUGUAAUCCUUCUAACUUUUGUUAUAUUCUGUUUUUUUCUUUUCUUUAUUUCCUUUUUUCUUCCAUUUUAAUUAUUUACUCCCCUUAAACAUUUCGGUAUUUAUCUCUUUUAUGUGAAACAAUUUUCGUGAUGGAUUUCGUUAAAAGAAGUUUAGGGAAAUAAGAUCAUUUUCUUCAGUAACUUCUUCGUAAAAGUUUUGUCUGAUGUUGCGUUUAUUUAAUGUUUUUAAGAAGAGAUUGCGUGUUAUAGACAGGACUGCUCUUUGAUGUCAAGGUCUGCAGAUUACGAACUAAACCCGGAAUUUUAGGAUAUUUUACAAUGUGUUUUAUAUAGUUAAUUAAUACUUACAAUGUUCAAUUGCUUUGUUUUAAGAAUGUACCGAAAGUUAUUGUAUCAAUGGACAGUGUCAACUAGACAGCUUUCAGCGUCCGGAUUGUGUGUAAGUAUCUUCAUUACGUAGUAUGGUAUGACAGCAAUUCGGAUAGAGUUAAAUAAACUGUGUUUUUCCUCCAGUCACUCCUGCUAGUUUUCGCCCAACAAUUCCUUUUCUUGUUUGUUUGUUUGUUCGUUUGGUUUUGUUUGUGUUUUUCGAUGACCGAGGGUAUGGCCAGAUGAAGCACAGUGGUUGUAAUGUUAGCUUCGGGCCCCAUUGGUCGCUUUGAUUCAAUCUAGAGCUGGAGUUGCCAUCCGAACCGUGGCCAUCUUUAUCACAUGUGGUUGCAUUGUGAGCCAAUUGAUAGUGCUCAAUUACUCAACUUAAUUUAUUUCGAAAGUAAUUGGUGUUCCUUCUUUGUGAAAGAUGCGAUGCCAAUUACAACGGUGCAAGAUGUCAGAACUGUACCAGUUGUGAGUGUCCUAAAGAUCAAAUCCAGUGCAAAAUUGGCAAGUGGUUCUGCACGACCAAAGAAAAAAUAUGUUCUAGAAGCGUUCAGUGUGGCCUUAGUCCCGUUGAGUUUGUCAAGCUUUGCAAAGGUGAGGCUUAAUACAGCGUAAAACUUGGGAUCACAUGUGGAACGGGGUUUAUUUCCGUUUUCUGUUUUACUUGGUUUUAUUUCUUUUUUAUUUUAUUUUACUGAUUUUUUUUUUGGGGGGGGGGGGGGUUCUUCUGUAGUUGUCUCCGGUGCUUUCAAAAGACAGAUACAAAUGGAAUCUUAUUUUUACACGCAGUGCUGAUGUAUAUAUUUUUUUUUUUCAGCUUGCACAUCACAUUACUGUGUAAAUGGAAAUUGCAAGAUGGUAGAUGGAAAUCCGACUUGCGAGUAAGGCUUGUGUUUUGUGUUUACAUUAAUGUAGUCAUGAUCAACGUUUAACGGUAUUUUCAGUAAGUGAUGAAUCAGCCUCAUCGGAAAACCCCAUCUUCCUUUUUUCGGAAAGCUUGCCGAGAGUUUGCAUCUUAUUCAGUUUUUCUUGGGAAGUUAUUUGAGAGACGCUGUCCCUUGGUGUUAGGUGUCGCUUAGUGUGAGUAGAAACACCACACGGAUCACUGUGUUGCUUUCUUAGGAAAGACACUAACCUCUCACCAUGCCCCUCUCCUCCCAUCAAAGUAAAUGGAAAAUAGUUAGCAGAAAGUAAAACUAGAAAAAUCUCGUUAAGAGGGUGGGGGGUGAGGAGAGUAGACAGACAGAUGGUCGCUUCAUGAAAAUGAAAUCGUUUUAAGCUCCGGCAGGAUUGGUUUUGUGGGUUUAAGCAAACUCAGCCUCAGCGAUAAGCGCUUGAUAUAUAUCCACUGUUACAAUGAGAUGCUAAAUUUGUAAAUUUUAUUUCAGGUGCACCACUUCUGACUAUGUCGGCCAACGAUGUGACACUUGCAAUCAAAAAAAUGGCUUGGUGAAUUGUGGAACAAAUGGCAAAUGUGUGAAGAUAGCUCAGAUCUGUGACCAGAGCAUAUCGUGUCCGAAAAAUAAAUUAGAGAUCCGCAACUUAUGUGGAAGUAGGUGUCCAUAGUACAUUAAAGCGGUAGUUUGAUGGUAAUUUUUUAUUAUUUGAAACAGGAAAGCCAUCGUGCAAUCGUGUCCUUUGAAAAACCGACCCCGACCCCUCCUCGACUAAAAUGGGCGGCUCGCCGAAAGAAACAAACCUGUUUAGUAGUUUAGAAAUCCUUUGAUCUACCGUAUGAAACCUUGAAUAUAUUAAAGGAUAGCAAGAAGAUUCGUUUCGAUGUGAAUUUGGUGUACUAAAUUACUUCUAUUUUCCAGGUUAUUGUAGCAAUUAAAAGAAAAAAAAGAAACUGCGGCAUUUCGCCAUCAAAACUAACAAUUUUUUCUGUUCCUUUUAAAGGCUGUGAAGACCAGAAGUCUUUCUGCCCUGAAGGAGCAGAAUGUAAGGCGGACGAUAAAGGGUUUAUGUCCUGUGUGUAAGUAUGCGGACCCGUAUUGCAUGGUCAAGUGUGCAGCAAGUCUUUUGUUUUGGUUUGUGAAGGAAUGGUCAUCAGUCAAUUAUGUUCUUGAGCUUUACGAUAUUCAGAAGUGGAAAGUGUGCAUUCCUCCUCCCCCACCGAUGAAUUUCCUAAACUAAUUUUGUGUGACUUUAUAGUACAAAUAUACAUACAAGCUAUAUAUAUCUUGUGGAGCAGAAGGCCCGUUAACUGUGUCUACUUCAUGGCUUACAUAAGCUUCCUCCUUGGCGUGGCCAACUUUUUUUGUCCCUACAGAAGGUCCUUACUUUCAUUGACAGCAAUUUAGCACUUGGUCGUUAUGAUUAAUUAGCUUUAAUUGAAUACGAUAAACUUAACGUGUUAUUUUUUACUCGUUAACCCAUGUUUCUUCUCGUGCUACAGAUGUCCAUUUGAUAGGAACGGACGAAAAUGUGAGAAUCAGAUUCCAAACAACUGUACAAAUCAGAUACCUUCACUUCAGCCUUGCCUUGGAAAAUGCGUGGAGAAAGCAGUCAUUUGUUCUCGCAACCAGACUUGUAACUACCCUGAAGAUCAGAUCAAAUUCAACUGUAAAGGUAAGCAAGUGACGGCGAUGAGAACGUAGAGAAGCAAACGGUUCAGUUCGCUCUAUACGAGCUUUAUAAAACUUUCUUCAAUUCUUCACAUUCCUAUGCAAAACCGUUUGUAGAGGGUCUCAGCGGGGCUAUGGCUUUACGGCUAACGGCUAAUUCUUUUCUAGACUGUUAACUUUUUUUUUACGACGAAUGAUUAAAAUUUGUCAAUUUAUACCCCAAACGGCUAAUUUUUUUGGCCGUUUACGGCAAACAGUUAAACCCUUUGAUACCCUUUGUGUAGGUGUUUUGUGUAAGCUUGCAUAUACAUUGUAGCGUUGUAUUUGAAUUGAAUAUAAAUUAAUUAUUUGUUUCGCAAGUCACCAAAUUUUCCUCAUUACUUUUAGCACCGCCCAAGACUGGAACAAGGACAGAUAAACAAAAGGGCAAUAAAUCGUCAA